AUUAUCUCAAUGAUGACAGGAUGUUUGAUAAGGUUCGGGACGAUUGGCUCAAUUUUACUGAGCAAAAAGGCCAGGAUUUGAAUGACGAAGAAAUGAAGGCUAUUGAGAACCUUAUUGCUAGUUAUACAGAACCGGAUACGUUGGAGAUUCAAAAAUAUCAACAUGAUAAUGAUUUUGACUUCAUCGAAUUUCUUCCCGAAUUGUCUGAUGAGCCAUUGGAUGAGCGAUAUGAAAAAGCGCUCGAAAAGUGUAGGAACUUAUUUGGAAGAAAAUCCUAUGAGUCUGAGAUGGCGAUAGAUCCACUAUUAUAA